AUGGCUACAAAUUUCAGUGAAUCUCUAACACAAGACUCUGAUGAAGUUACAGAAAUGUUUUGUGAGGAAUGUGACAGACAUGGUGAUGGUUAUGCUACAGCUGUAGCUUUCUGUGUAGAUUGUUUGGAUUAUAUAUGUGUGACCUGUCAAAGAUAUCACAAAAGACAAUUUAAAACUCACAAAAUCCAAGACAGUAACAGUAUGCCACAGGAUUUUUAUUUUGAAAAAUGUUCCACUCAUCCUGGGCAGCUAGUCAAGUUUUACUGCUCUGAGUGCAACAAAGAAGCCUGCCAAAAAUGCAAGAAUAAUGGGCAUUUAAACUGUAGAGAUGUUAACCACUUACCAACCCUUGCUUUAGACAUACAAAAAAGUGAUGAACUAAUAAACUUUCGCAAAAAUAUGGAUCAAUUGUCGAAGAAUAUAAAAGACACAGAAAAGCUGUUAAAUGCUAAAAGUGAAGUGAUUAAGAAACAAGAAGAAAAAGCAACUGAUGCAUGUAAAGAGCAUAGCAACAAACUGAUAGCAAAUUACAAACAACACUAUAAAGCGCUUAUUGACAAUUUUGACAAGAAAAUGGAAGAGACAAUUGCUAGGUUGAAGAAAAAAAGGUUAGAACUUAUUCAAAGGGCAUCUGAAAAGGUAAAAAACUUUGAGGAAAAAGUAAGAAAAGCUGAAACAGAUAUGAAAGAAGAGAUUGUUACCACAAACGCAAACUUUAAAGUACUCAAGUCUAAACAUUUGAAUUCGGUUGGAAAUUUAAAGGCUCUUACUGUUGAUCUAGAGCAGGCUCAGAAAUUAGGUCAAAAUUGUAAACUAUUUAUUAAACUGAAGUUAGCAAAACAAAUUUGUAAACAAAUUCAAAUCACCACUGACCAAAUUCAACAUUCCUUCAUACAACGAUACAAACUAAAAGAAUCUGACAUUCAACCAACAAUACAAUCUCUAGAGGAUCAAACAAGAUAUAGCAAAAGUUUCAGAUCAUACAGUUGCUGUCACAUUUCCAUAUGA